AUGGGAGUGGGUCUGGCUAUAAUAGCCCUAACCGGUAACCCCAAUCUCCCCGCUCCCAGUGGUCCAGAAAAUUGUUUAUUCGGCGUCGGCCAUCAGAAAAAUAAGAAGAAAACACUAGAGAAACAGCAACGAUGCAGAGUCGGGGCCGGGCCGCCGGACGAUAAUCAACCAGCUAAACCCGGCCAGAAGCCUGAGCAGACUCCAGCUGCUAGCCCCCUCCACGGGCGCCGCUCACUGCCUGUCUCGAAUCCUCGAUCGAGCGCUCUUGGCCGAGGAUUUGCGAGCUCGAGUCUGGCGAGACAAUCCAAGCAGGCCAAUAAACGACCGGUGUUCUUUAAAGUCUCGGCUGGCGGCAAGGCGCGUGGAACAAUCAAAUCCAAACUUCCUAUCUUAUCAUCGCUGGGCCUCCGGACGAAGUACUACUCGGUCGUCCCCCUCAACCUGCUCUUCAUCCACUUCACGCUCUACUAUCUGCCCGGCAAGCUCCUCAGCAGCCCGGAGGAUGGCCGCCCGGGAGCCACACCCAGCCUCGAGCAUCUCGUCCGCCACCCAAUACGCUCCCUGGCGAUCAUCAACCUCGGCGCCUUGCUCGUCCAGCUCUGGUUCACCAACUUCCUCCGUUCAUGGAGGAACUCGCUCGCCGGGCCGGCUCCUGAGACCCCCUCCGAGAAACACCGGCCGCUGCCCAAAAAGCGCAUGCUGGCCAGCCAGCUCAAGACGCUCCUCCUCAGCCUCAUCCAUGCCCCUCCCUCGGAGUUCCGGAAACAACUGGCGAAGGAACUCGACCCCAAGCUGCGCUCGCUGAUCAGCCGAUCCACCUUGAACUUAGGCCUGGCCUGCUUCUUAGGCCUGCUCAGCUUCUUCCCCGCCUCACUCUUACUGGGAUGGAACCAGGCCAGAGAGAAGCCUAACUGGAUCCGGAUCUUCUCCACCUUCCAACCAAAGAACGAGAUUGAAGUCGCCAUCCUCUUCCCCGCUAUCGGCGCCUGUGUAGGUACUUGGCUAGGUACCAUCCCGAUCCCACUCGACUGGGACCAACACUGGCAGGCUUGGGCAAUCACUUGUCUUGUCUGUGCUUCUGGGGGCCACGCAGUUGGAUCUGUCGUCCCCAUCAUCCACUCCGCCUUGUAUGCAUCUAGACAUCCUCUUGAAAUGACGUCUUAA